GGGCGGGGCGUGGCGGCGCAGGACCCGGAUGUGGCUGCUGCGACCCCUCCUCCCCCGCGUUCCCCUCCGAGCCCCGGGCCGCGCGCCGUCGUUUGCUCUCUGGUCCCCGCGCAGGCCCUCGGGCGGCGGUGAGGCGGCGCAGAGGCGGAGGAGCGGGCGGCGAGGCGACCGCGCGGAGGCGAGCGGGCCAGGCCCGGCCGGGCGGCCGCCGCCAUGAGCGGCUCCUCGGGCACCCCGUACUUGGGCAGCAAGAUCAGCCUCAUCUCCAAGGCGCAGAUCCGCUACGAGGGCAUUCUCUACACCAUCGACACGGACAACUCCACGGUGGCGCUCGCCAAAGUGAGGUCCUUUGGUACAGAAGACCGUCCCACAGAUAGGCCUGCCCCCCCUAGAGAGGAAGUUUAUGAGUACAUCAUCUUCCGGGGAAGUGACAUCAAAGACAUUACUGUGUGUGAACCUCCGAAAGCUCAGCACGCGCUCCCUCAGGACCCUGCUAUUGUUCAAUCUUCCCUGGGCUCGGGCUCGGCCUCCUCCUUCCAGCCACACGUGCCUUACAGCCCCUUCCGAGGGAUGCCGCCCUACAGCCAGCUGGCCGCCAGCUCCCUGCUCAGCCAGCAGUAUGCCGCUUCCUUGGGUUUAGAAAAGUUGGUAAGCCCUCCAGCCUCAGCCGCGGCUUCCAGCCCUAGUUCUUCUCCAUCUCCACAGCCCGUUUCAGAGCUUGACAUGUCCUCAGAGUCACAUCAGCUCACUUCCAAGGGAGCUGGCUUUCCGGCUGUCUCAGUCAGCAAGAGCCCCAUGGUGGAGCAGGCUGUCCAGACUGGUUCUCUUGAUACCCUGAACACCAGAAAGCUGUUACCCGGCAAGGGCACCGCGGGGACGCAGCUCAACGGGCGCCCAGCCCCGCCAAGCAGCAAGGCCGCCAGCGAUGUAGCUCAGCCGGCAGCUGGGCAGACUCAAGGGCAGGUGAAUGACGAGAACAGAAGACCUCAGAGGAGGCGAUCAGGGAACAGACGAACAAGGAAUCGCUCCAGAGGGCAAAGCCGUCCAACUAACGUCAAGGAAAACACAAUCAAGUUUGAAGGGGACUUUGAUUUUGAGAGUGCAAAUGCCCAGUUCAACCGAGAGGAGCUGGACAAGGAAUUUAAGAAGAAACUGAAUUUUAAAGACGACAAGGCUGAGAAGGGGGAGGAGAAGGACCUGGCGGUGGUGACGCAGAGUGACGAGGCCCCUGCUGAGGAGGCCCAUCUGGGGCCCAACUGCUACUAUGACAAAUCCAAGUCCUUCUUCGACAACAUUUCCUCUGAGCUCAAGGCCAGUUCCAGGCGGACGACGUGGGCUGAAGAGAGGAAGCUCAACACGGAGACCUUCGGGGUGUCGGGAAGGUUUCUUCGUGGCCGUAGUUUCCGUGGUGGAUUUCGAGGGGGCAGGGGCAACGGUGCAACCCGUCGUAACCCGACCUCCCACAGAGCUGGGACUGGCAGGGUGUAAGGAGGCAGCUGAAGGCCCUUGCUGAAGCGGCACAGACGCCAGACUGCGUCUACGAGGAUGUUGGAAAACGCUGCACUUACUGCGGGAGACGUGGGUCACUUUGUUUACUGAGUUUGGAAAAUUCCCAUGCUACUGCUUAUGUUUUGGACUGAACUGAACUUGGACACGGUCUGAGUUAGAACCACUUUUUUCGGGGGACGUGUAUAUGGGAAACCUCUUUGAGGUAUCUUGGCCUAUUUUUCCUUUUUAGUUGUGCACAGCCCGAUUCUAAGGUUUUGGUAUUUUGCAGAAAGGUUUCUAGAGUGAAAGCGUGAUCGUCACUUUGUGACCUUUUUUGGACAGCUUUGAUUUUUAACGUGGAACCAAAUCCCAUUUGGCAAAUGCAGCAGCCAAGCGCAUCUCUGUAAUCCAGCUGGCCGCUGGUGCUGCUGGUCUGGCACCCACUGCCACAGGUGGGGCCUCGGAGCCAGGCACGGCCAGCAUGGGGUGCCUAGGGCAUGGAAAGUGGGGUGUCCCACGGAUCAUGUUGUAGAAGCAAACCAGACGACCCUGACAUCCCAAACGGCGACGGCGGGGUCAGGGGUGCUGGAGGCGUAGGAUGCUGGAGGCUAGGACGGGGCCCUGAACGGGAGGGAGCUGGGAGCUGUCACUUGGAGUGUGGCUUCCAUAGGGAUCGGGGCUGGGGGUGAACUUCACGCCCAGGACAAGCUCCUCUACGGCGUCCCUCUCCCUGCCAGUCCCUGACCCAGGCCAGUCAGCGUUGGACUCUGGCCGAACACUGUUCGGUGUCUCAUCCACUUGGAAAUGAGCCAGUCUUUUUUGGUUUUUUUUUGCAAGGUCGGUUGACCGAGAGCAUAUUUCCUCUCAGUUGUAAAUAGUUCUGUGUUUUUGUUUUACUGGUGGGUGGAGGGAGGGUGGGGAAUAUAAAUUUGUUGCAUGAACAAAGGGAUCAGACCUCAGUAGAAGCAUGCGUCCCUCUGACAGGGCAUCGUGGUGAGCGUAAGCACCUUGGUAACUAAAUCCCUUUAGGCGUAACGGUUUUAGUUCUCUAUUGAUUAAGUUACUGUAAAAGCUUAGGUUUAUUUUUGUAGGAAUUAAUGGCUAAGAAUUAGAACCUAGCAAUGCGGCUGCUCUGUUGGAGCAAUGUAAACUUGUAAUUACAAACAUGCAAACCUUUAAAAUCCUCUUCUCUGCUCUGAAAAUAAAUAAUCCUGUUGACUCUGUUGCCCGAGUUACAUCAUGGCUCACACGUCUGUCCCAAGGUAGGUGGUGUGUGCUGUUCAGAUUUGGGGGACAUCUGGCACUCUGGAGUGAGACCUGGCCAGUCUGGGUACAGGGCAAUGAGCCAGGCCCUAGGUUACUGAGAGCCACCCUCCCGGGGUGAGUGGUGCUGCUUUCCGGAUACUCUGGACACUAGUUUAGAGAACCUGCUUUGGAAGUGGCCCCUUCACUGCCAUGAUACGGCUUCCAAGCUCCCCAGAACUUUCAUGUUGUUGAUGCCUUAGAACGUGUUACAGGGCUGGACCCUGGGACUACAGAGAAAAGCCAAGACUUGGCUGGUUUCAGACCGAAAGCAUGUAAUUUCACUGCAGUGGGUUUCCAGGCGGUUUUUUAAAUAUAAAUUCAUUCAUUCAUCUUUGGCUGCGUUGGGUCUUCGUUGCUGUGCGCGGGCUUCCUCUAGUUGCGCUGAGCGGGGGCCCCUCCUCGUUGCGGUGCGCGGGCCUCUCGUUGCGGUGGCCUCUCCUGCUGCGGAGCAUGGGCUCCAGUAGUUGUGGCACAUGGGCUCAGCAGUUGUGGCACACGGGCCCAGUUGCUCUGCGGCAUGUGGGAUCCUCCCGGACCAGGGCUCGAACCCAUGUCCCCUGCAUUGGCAGGUGGAUUCUUAACCACUGCGCCACCAGGGAAGUCCUCCAGGUGAUUUUUAAGAAGCAGUCGCAGGACUAAGGCCCACUUGGCCAUCUGUGAGUGAUUCAGGCUGAGAGGAGGACCAGACAGCAGGCCGAGUUGGCCUGUGACAUCUGGAUGCAGCCUUGUGUCCUGGCCAGCUUCUUUUUCCAGGCUGUCUACCACUCUCCAACAGAUCCUGAGCACUGCUGGUAGUUUCAGAAUUUAACAAACUCUUAGCAACCUUCCAUUAUUUUGCUAACAUCUUUGACCAAUUAAAAAUAAAAACCUUCCAUAGCUGACCUGCUACAUGCAACUGGCCUUAGCACUAACUCUAAACUAGGCAGGUGACUCAGUACUCAGGCUAAACAGGUAUCUCUCUGCUAGAGAUUCUAAAUAGUUAAGUCACAGUUUACCACCCAUGACUAACCUUGCUAUUAAAACUUUAAACUGACGGUCAUUGUGACGAUUAGACACUUUAGGCCAAGUUUAAAAUGUACCUGGGCCUCUUUACCCGUUUAUUUUGGCCGCGCCGCACGCCCCGUGGCUUAUGGGAUCUUAGCUUCCCUACCAGGGAUUGAACCUGGGCCCUCAGCAGUGAAAGCACCAAGUCCUAACCACUGGACCGCCAGGGAUACGCUUUAGUCCGCUUCAGAAGCCUAAUGUAUGUAUGCCAUUGAACGAGAGAACCCAGUACAAGAGAAGCUGUAGACUAGACAGAGAGCAGAGCCCUGGCGUUGGAGCCCUACCAAGCACUGUGAUCGGAAGAGACAGACAACCAGCCCAAGGACUCUUCUAAAAAGCCUUUUGUGAGUUCUCCUGGGGCACAGGAAGCCAACAAGCAAUGCCAUCACCAGGGCUGGUGGCAGGGCCUCACGAGAAGCAGCGGAGUUGUGCAGAAGGGUGAUUGAUUAGGGUUUUUCUGUAAAGGCAAAGCUUAGGACCAUGACUCACCCUGCUGUGGACUGGAAGCUAAACGAAGGGUAAUCUUUCUGGCUAAAAAGUGAGGGAGGGUAGGAAAUAGCCAGCACCACAAGUCUUAAGGUAGAAAACAGGAGGAGUGUUGACUUGAUCUACUAGAACCAGAAAUUCAAGACAAGUUCCACAGCUACUGCUCUGCAAAAUGAGCCCAAGAUGUAAACUGAGCACUGUCUGUCCUCGCGUCCUGACAUCAUACAUUCGUUAAGGAAGGACUCGAACAAAGGCGUAAGAAGAAACAGCCACUCUGUUUACAACUGCUGAAUGGGAGAAACCCUGAGUUUCUGCAACCACAGCACCUGUCUACAGCAGUGCGGACCCCGUGAAGCCUUCCCACAAACCCCAAGGGAGGAGCCCCACUCGGCCGUUGCCUUGUCUUAGAGCCUGGCGAGG